CACACAAACAGAGCAGGAAGUGCUCGUGGAGCCACUGCACAGCUCACGUUUUUAAAGAACCGACAUACUUAGACCGGAUAAGGAAGCGAGCUGAGCCGCCAGCCUUGCCGGGCAUCCACCCAACCGGGAUGCGCCCAGCCGCGACCCGGAGUCCAGGCUCCCUUUGGUCCCGGGGAGGGAAGCGGCCGAAGAGGCGGGGUCCCCAGACCCCAUUCGGUAGGGGGGGGGAUGGAGGGAUCCCGGCGCCGAGAUCCGGAGGGCCAGGCAGCCUCCCUCGGACCAGCCCUGCGGAGGCUCUUCGGGCCUUUCCAGGGCAUCUCCCGCCUCCGCUCGCGCCCCGCCCCACCGGGCGUGCCGCCCCCUUUCCUCCUCUCGGGCACGGGAAGGAGCCGCCCCGGCUUCUGCGGGUGCUCCGGGUGAUUCGGGACCGAGCCGGGGCCCCUUCGCACGCACGCAGCCCCCGCGCAGAAGCCGCGGACGCUGCGCGAUCGCUCGCUCGCUUUUGUCCCUGGCCGGCUGCCGUCUCGAUCGGCGUUUUCCGGCGACUGCAGGCUGCCCGGGCUUCAACUCCAGCAUCUCGCUGGGCAUUCUGGGAGUUGAAGGCCAACCCAGCUCGAAGUGGCCGGAGCUGCGAAACCGACCGAGCUGCCCCGCGAGGACUCUCCUCCUCCUCCUUCUUCUCCUUCCGCGGCUCCCCUCAGAAUUAUCGCCGCUGUCCCAACCGCCUCGGCGGUUGAAGCGGGGCGGGCGGGACGCGGAAGAGAGACGGGACAGCCGAGAGCAACAAAGGCGCCGGCCUCAGUCCUGGCAGGCGGAGCCGUGUGUCAGGGAACUUCCGGAUGCUUCCGGCCGCCCACUUCCGGCGGAAGAGGAACGGCGGCGCUCACGGCGGCGGCGGAGGAGGAUGAGCAAGGCGUGGCGGCGCGCGGAGGCCUCGGGCGGCAGGAUGGAGGGCGGCCGGCGGGGCGCGGAGGCGGCGAUGGCGGUGGCGGAGGAGCCGGGCGGUCACGGCGCCCACAAGAAGAAGCACAAGAAGCACAAGAAGAAGCACAAGAAACGGCACCACCGGGAGGAGCCCGGCCCGGACCCGGCGGCCGCCCUGCCCAAGCCGCAGCUGAAGCUCAAGAUCAAGCUGGGCGGCCAGAUCCUGGGCACCAAGAGCGUCCCGACUUUCAGCGUGAUCCCGGAGAGGCCCCGGUCUCUUUCCCCUCUGGCGGGGGCGGACGACGAGGAAGAGCCCAUGGAAGGCGGUGUGCCCAUCGAGCAGUACCGGGCGUGGUUGGAUGAAGACAGCAACCUGGAGCCGUCCCCGUUGCCAGAACUUGAUCCUGAAAUGGGCUUUCCGGCACGGGAGGAAGAAGAGGAGCAGCGGUGGCUGGAUGCCCUGGAGAGGGGGGAGCUGGAUGACAAUGGGGAACUGAAGAAAGAGGUGGACGAGUCCCUGCUCACUGCCCGGCAGAAAGCCCUCUUGCACAAACAGCAGGGUCAGCCCUUGCUGGAGCUGCCCAUGGGAUACAAGGCCAAAGAGCUGACGGAGGAGAUGCUGGUGAAGCGGGAGGAACGGGCUCGUAAACGGCGGCUCCAGGCUGCCAAAAAGGCCGAGGAGAACAAGAAUCAAACCAUCGAGCGCCUCACCAAGACCAGCAAGGCCAAAGUGAAGACGCUGCGUGAGCGCAAGGCCAAAAGUGCAGCAGUCCCCACCGUGAGCUACCACAGCGCUGCUUCUGGGAUCACCGUCUCCUUCCCACCCGGGACUUCCCUGCCUGUGUUGCCCUCCCUCCCGAAGGUCGUGCCUCCCCCCAUGCCAUGUGGGGUCAUCGGCUGCCCCAACCUAAAGCGGUACUCCUGUUCCCGCACUGGGAUCCCCCUUUGUAGCCUGGAUUGUUACAAAAAGAACCUGCUGCUUCAGGAGGUGCCAGCAUAGUCGCUCUGGUGGACAGUCAGUACCUGGUGGGCACCCCAGAAGCCUCUGUGGUCUGGAAGAAGCGGGCCAGUCCUGUCCCCAGCUGCCUGUGGCCAGAGGGGCAAGGUGCCUUGGGAUCUGCACAGCAGCAGCAGCU